GUAUUCCUGCAGCUUUUUCGCAGAUUCCCCGUUAACAGUUGGAAAAGUCACUUUCCUAUAUACAGCAAACAAAACCGAUAUUCGACAUGGCCUUGUCGGAAUCUUCAAUGAUCGCAAUCGUCGUCCUCGUCCUGGCAAUGAUCCUGUCUCAAGCAGCAGCUGUGUACAAGCCAACUUCUUCUGGUGGUCCUCUGAUGCACACUAUGACCAAGAAGAGCUUCCAGGACAUGAAAUGCAAGGGCAUGUACGAAAAGACCCUCUUCUCCAAGCUGGAGGGCGUCUGCGAAGGCUGCCACCGACUUUACCAAGACCUCGACAUUCCCACUCUCUGCCGAUCUCGCUGCUUCAACAACCCGUACUUCUUCUCCUGCCUCGAUGCUCUUCUGAUGAAAGACGAACAGGAGAAUUACGAGAACAUGAUUGAAUACAUCGGGGGCUGGAAAAGGAAGUGAAGAGCAUACCCCGAAGAGAAGCUUAUUAUGACCUUCGCAUCUUGAUGGGACGGAUUUCGACUACUUCAGAAGUUUUGUUUCUUUUGAAAUCGGCUUUUCUUUUGCAUACGCGCAUUCGUAAGAAUAAAAACGAUGUUCGAUCAUGUGUAAUAUAUUUAAAAAACAAAAUUGGGGUGUGUGUGUCUCGAACGCGGAUUAUAUUUUGAAGUAACGCGUAUCGUCGCUCCCAAAUUUCGGCAAGAUGAUUUUAUCGGUGUGGGCCCUGAGAAAAAGGAAGAGAAUUUCGUGGAAUGCGCGAAAAAAAAAAGGUUUUAACUUGGGUUUCCAGGUUGCAUCCGGUUUCUGUUUGUCCUUCGGUUAUAAUUGAUGCGCACGCUCGUUUUGCUUGCGGUAUAACGGUGUGUUAUUGUAUUCGUGAAAAAAGUUUGAUCUGACGAAACAAAGGCAGAAUGUUGCAAAUCAAAA